CAAGAUCAUCGGAUAUCAAGUCCCGAAGAUCAUUCUCCCUCCACGUCCACCCCCUCAUCUUGCACGCUUGAACUCUCAUGAUCAUCAUUCCACGGUAGGAAUGUCUUCUUCUCCGCCUUUAUUUUUGAGGGCAGACUGUUCUCGUCUAGCAGUCUCAUAAAUAUCUUCAUGCUAUGAAGACGUUCUAAUCGACCAUGAUCAACGCGACUUGAUGGGCGGCCUUCUACGGUUAAUCUCUCGCCGGCCCAGCCUCGCUCCAUGCUCAUUAAGAAAUGCUUCCUGCCAUCUUUGGCCUUCACGCUGCAAUAACCUCUUCCUUCACAGAUCCUUGCAGCAUCGUUCGAAAAUGAGCACCAGCACUUCCGCUGCGUCGAGCGGAAACUCGACGACCUUCACUAUUCUCUUACUGGGCGACCUGAUGAUCGGUCGUCUGAUCGACGCGCUUCUGCCCACCAGCAUCGCGCGGGAGCAUCCCGAAUCCUGUCCUGAAGAUGCAGCACAUACAGUGGACACAUAUAUCCUUCCUAACAAUCCUCAACUCAAGUCAUACAACUACCGCUCACCAUGGGGUAACGCGGUCGACUUGAUCCGAAGCUCAGACGGGGUUCUUGUCAACCUCGAGACCGCACUGACUACAGGAACGACCCCGUGGCCAGGAAAGGUGUUCAACUAUCGAAGCCAUCCGGGCAACGUGAAAUGCUUGACUGAAGUUGGCCUCGGUGGUGGUUCGCAUAAAGCCAGUGUAAGUCUUGCGAACAAUCAUACGCUCGAUUGGAGUAAAGACGGACUGGUUCAGACAGUACAGACCCUCUCAGACGCCGGCAUCGAGUUCGCGGGAGCCGGGAGGACGAAAGAAGAAGCUGCUCAACCUGGUAUUAUUGAGCUUUCCGGAACCGAUGGCAAAAAAUGGGAUGUCAAGUGUUGGAGUUUCUCCGACCACCCCACGGACUGGAAGAGCGAGGAAUGUUUGAACUUGAUUGAUUAUACAAGUAAGAGUCGUGACUUGAUGAAGAGGCAGAUCAUGGCUGCCGACCAGACCAAAGAUUCGAAGAAGACUAGUGGCUGUCUUGGAUUAAAAGUGGUCUCCAUGCACUGGGGCCCGAAUUAUCGCUGGCAUCCGGCACAUGAGAUUGUGGCGACAGCACAUUGGCUGAUCGACGAAUGUGACGUGGAUCUCAUUCACGGACAUAGCAGUCACCAUGUGCAAGGCGUUGAGGUGUACAAGGGAAAGUUGAUCGUAUAUGGUUGCGGAGAUUUUGUGGAUGACUAUGCAGUCGACGCGCAAUGGCGGAAUGAUUUGAGUGCGGCUUGGAGGGUUACUGUUGGCGAGAAGGAAGAUAGACCUGAUGACAGGCUGGAAGUGAAGAAAUUGGAAGUGUUUCCAAACAGGAUCCGGAAAUUCCAGGCCAACUUGCUGAAGCCCGAGGAUCAAGAUCAUAAGUGGGUUGAAAUGAAAUUUCGUGAACUGUGCGGGCGGUUUGGGACCAACGUCGAGCAUGACCUAGGUCAGGAUUGGCAGUUGGUGGUUGACAUGAAGAAGCAGCAUCGUCAGGAGGUCGAGAACUGACAUGAUACAGCCCAUUGACAUGAGAAGGAUCACAAGCUUGUGUGUACUAUAGUACAGUUCCGAAAAAUCUGCCAUGUGAGCAGUCCCGCCAUCUGGAAUGUCAUAGACUUCAAGUUG